UUUUAAUUAAAAACCUUAAUAGUUUCCAUAGUUUUACUCCAACAAGUGGCACGUCUUUUUUAUCGUUUUGGGCUCUUGGUGGACGGGAUACAAUUGGCGUGAAGAAGAUAACAAGUCAUAACAAGACUGACUGUGACAGCUACAGCCUAGCUACGACUACGCCUUCAUAAAUUAACACUAGGGCCGCCCUAGCCCUACAGUCGACACGGGGCCGAGGGCGUUCAGUCUUACUCUUACCGCGCCUGCCGUGGUCGAGCCGGGCGGGGCAACCAGCAACCAUCCCCUUGCUUCCUUCCAUUACUGGUUUUUGCUCGAUCUCUCUGAUUGACAGAAGUCAACACAAGACUUCAACCCAUCCAUCAGACAUGCUGAAAUACAUUAAUCAUCUUCAGACUGCCAUUGUGCUGCUGGUGGUAGUAACAUCCGCCAAAGAGUUCAUCUCCAAGGAGGAGAAGGGAAGGAAUGUUGAGCUUCAAUCCUUUACUAUCAACUCUCCAGAAAGCAUUGGAGUGAUUUUCAAGUCGGAAGGUUUGCUCUUCAACAUCAGUUCUGACAUCCAAGAUGAAGAACCCAAAGUACUAUCGAAAUUGCAGAAAGCUAGAGAGGGAACAGCUGGAAAUGUUGUUUCCGUCAUCUCAGUGGUUGAUCUAGAAGAUAGAAUGGGAAAGAAUGGACAGCCAUUCAUUCUGUCAAAACUGGAGAUUCCAAAGAAAUUUCUGUACCAACGAAAAAUUCCAGAUAUGGAAGCAAGGAUCACAUCAGCAGCCAAGGACAUGGUUUUGGCCUCUCAGGCAUUUUCAACGUCUACAGGAAUUGCCCUCUCUGACCUUGUCAAACUUUAUGAUGCAAUGAUUGGGUAUCUGGUACCAAUCUCUGAUGUGCAGAACAAGUUCAACCAAGUGAGGGCAGCAUUUAUCUACCACGGUUCCAUUGCCAGAACAGCUCUUCGUCUGUCGAAGGGAGUGCCAUCAGAGGGUGCUUGUCCGGCUCACCAGGCUUACGACUUUCAGGGGUUGUUUGCAUGUCAGCAGGAGUAUAGCCACCAUGCGAAGAAGGUCCUGUCAUCAAAAAUCUUGGAUUGCAAAGAUGUGGAAUGUGUAAAGAAAAUUCACUGGUAUCUAGCCCACUUACUAAGUGAGGAUGGCCUUGAUCUUGAGGAAACCAUUGAGCUUGUCGAGGAUGUCUUGGGUCUUGGUCUUGGAAACAACUCCAAGUUGGCUGAGGAGGUAGCAAGGUUGAUUGCAUGUGGCAACAUCAGCUGUUUUGAACCAGGGUGCAACUCAUGGAUUUACACGGAUGGCUGGUUCAUCUUUGGGUCUGACUGGGGAUGCUGCGGAGACUACAGAGGAUGUUGUUUCCUAGCAACGGAGACGUGUCUGGUCCACGAUGCUAUCUGCACCUGCUGCUCAUUCCCAACCUUCUGCCUGGAUCCAUUCUGUAAACCUGAUCCUUGGUGUAACAAUGUCACCACCACUGUACCUCCUCCAUUUCCUUAACACUAAGUGAAGGUGAAUCACCGAUUCUUUGUGUCGGUGCAAGACCGCCCUUAAUACCAUGCUUUGCGUGCAAAAACGCCCUUAGCAGCAUCAGUGCAUUGUGUAAGGGCUUUUCUGCACUGUUGCGGUGCGCAAAAAUAUUUUGUUAUGGAUGAUCUUGCACCGACACGCUGAAUUGAUUUAAUUCUGCAUUGACAAUUGUGCCUGAAACUCCUAGGGGGUGUUUCACCAAGAGUCGAGUCCAACUGAAUGUCAUGUUUAAGUGCCAAAGUGCAUUGAAUGUGCAAUCUCAUAGAUUAAUAAUAAAAUAGAGCCUGUUUAUGUGAUCUGGGGGCCAUUUCAUAAAGCUAUUCGUAAGU